AUUUCCCGACGCCUACACCAAAGCGCAGUAGAAACCCGAGAUCCCCGCCCGGAACGUAGACUUCCAAAUAGUUCAGAAACAGCAGCGCGUGUGAUCCCAACCAUCAAUGGCGUCGUGCAAGACUCUGCUAUCAGCAACAGCAGCUCUAGUAUUAGCGACGUCCCUCUUCUGGACAUUGGCAUCGUCAUCGGCGUCGCCUAAUUCGGCCGACUCCCUCGCCUUCAUCAAGAAGACCAUCUCUUCCAACAAGAUCGCCAUCUUCUCCAAGUCCUACUGCCCGUAUUGCAGAAGGGCGAAAGCAGUUUUCAAAGAGUUGAACCAAGUACCGUAUGUGGUUGAGCUUGACGAGAGAAUUGAUGGUCGGGACAUACAAGAUGCUUUAAGUGAGCUUGUUGGGAGGCGUACUGUACCGCAGGUGUUCGUGAAGGGGACGUACAUUGGGGGCUCAGAUGAUACGGUUGAAGCAUACGAAAGUGGAGAACUGGCUAAGCUUCUCGGCAUUGAGGUCAAGAAGAGUAGGGAUGAUCUUUAAAUUGAAUCGUCAAUGAUUAAAAACUGGUAGCCAAUUUCCGAGAAAAAUUGAAUGUAAUGCUUUAUAAGUAACUCCUUCCUUCAAAUGUGCGCGCGCGCACAUAGCAUUCACUUUUGCAUAAUCUUGUACUUUAUUUGGAUGAUUGUAUUUUAGUAAUUUAAAGGAGAUUGCUUUAUUUUUCA